AUGGCUCAACAGGUUGCAGUGCCGCCCAAGGAGCGAUACAUUCCUAAUGGCCUUAAAUUUGCCUUUGGUGGACUAGCCGGAAUGGCCGCUACAUGUGUUGUGCAACCGUUAGACUUGAUAAAGACUCGAAUGCAGUUGAGUGGAGGUGGCAAGACAUCUUUUGCUGUGGCCGGUGAGAUUGUUGCGAGGGAGGGCUUCUUUUCCCUCUAUACGGGGCUCUCGGCAGGGCUUCUGAGACAGGCGACAUAUACGACCACACGUUUGGGGAUAUACAACUGGUUGUUCGAUGCAUACAAGGAACGCAAUGAAGGAGCAGCCCCAGGUUUUGGUGUGAAGACAUUGCUAGGAGUCGCCGCGGGAUCUGUUGGCGCGUUCGUCGGUACACCUGCUGAGGUGGCACUAAUAAGAAUGACAGCUGAUGGCAGAUUGCCCAAAGAGCAGCGGAGGAAUUACAAGAAUGUACUGGAUGCACUCAUGAGGAUAGUACGUGAGGAAGGUCUGCUCAAACUAUGGCGAGGAGCCUCGCCUACUGUUUCAAGAGCUAUGGUGGUUAAUGCGGCUCAGCUUAGCACAUACUCACAGGCUCGCGAGGUGUUCGUGGGUCGCGUGCCUGACGGCGUGGUGCUUCACUUCUGCGCGUCCAUGGUGUCGGGGCUCGUCACCACCAUCGCCUCCAUGCCCGUCGACAUCAUUAAGACACGUAUCCAAAACGCAGCCAAGGGUGAAUCCCAACUAGCCGUAGUGACCAAUCUACUAAGGAAUGAGGGUGUUUUCUCACUGUGGAAAGGAUUCCUUCCAUACUACGCUAGGCUCGGGCCUCAUACAGUGCUCACAUUCAUAUUCCUUGAACAACUGAACGCUGCUUACUUCAAAUAUACUUAG